AUGACUCAAGACCAGCCUUUGCUCGCGGUGCAGGAGGCCCUGAGGAAGUGCUUUCUCGUGGUGGAGGAGCAGCAGGGCCUGUGGCAGAGCGCUCUCAGGGACUGCCCGCCCCUCCUGGCCUCCCUCAGCAACCUGGCAGAGCAGCUGCAGGCCGCACAGAACCUGCGAUUUGAGGAUGUGCCGUCACUUCGGGCCUUCCCAGACUUACAGGAGAGGCUGAGGCGCAAGCAGCUGGCGGCUGGUGAUACUCUCCUGGACAGGCUAGGGGAGAGGCUAGCCGCCCUCCUCAAGGUGCGUGAUGUAGUCAGUAGCCACGUGGAACACGUGCUUCAGAUCUAUGAGCAGCAUGCAGACAUGAUCAGCCUCGAUGCUGUCCUGCAGGCUUCAGCUGCAAGCCCCUCUGUGGCUGAAAUGUUGGAGUGGUUACAGGAUAUCGAGAGACAUUAUCGAAGAAGGUACCUGAAGAGGAAGUACCUUCUGUCCUCAAUCCAGUGGGGAGACUUGGGAAACAUCCAAGCUUUGCCCAAAGCCUGGGACCGAAUAUCGGAAGACGAACACCCAGACCUUGUACGAGAUAUCCUGUUGAAUGUGUCCUUCUUCCUGGAAGAGUGA